AUGGAUGAACCAAAGGCCGAAGCUGAGAAGAUGAAGAAAAUCCCUGCAAAACCAAAGCAUGUGGAUGUAAUUGAUAUAUUAAGUUCUGAAGAAGAGAGCAGUAAAGAAAAGUCUGUGCCUAACAAAAAAGGAAGAGAGGUUAAUUCCAGGAAGAAAUCAUCACGCACUCUUACUUCUGUUCUAACAGCUAUAAGCCAGGUUGCAUGUGAUUUAACUAACAAACCUAAGGAGAUUGUUGAUACUGAUGCUGCUAAUGCUAACAAUGAACUUGCUGUUGUUGAGUAUCUUGAUGACAUUUACAAGUUCUACAAGUUAGUUGAGAAUGAGAGCCGUCUUCAUGAUUACAUGGACUCACAACCAGAGAUUCAGGUUCAACAAGAUGUGUUGGCACCUUCGAACAACAUUCCCGCUCUGAACGCAAAUACGCUAUUGAGAAUUUGGACAAGACAAUUGAUUCCAAGGCUUCGUAUGACACUUGUUCUACUGUUGGACACAUUCUGUUUUGCAAAAUGGCCACCGUUGGUUCAGGCCGGUCUAAAGGUUUUGGCUUUGCCCAAUUUGAGAAGGUUGAACCUGCAAAAAUGCAAUUCAUAA